GUUUUACACACUAUUGACCCCUCUAAAUUUAAUGUUACAUAUGUGUUGCAGAUGGGAAUGUUAGUUCGGCUCGUAAUCGGGAUGUGGAGUAAGUCCCCAACCGGGGUUUGGUCUUUCGAAGAGGCCCCAAAUUCUCAGAGGGAAGCGGUGAUAAUCAACAGAACUGAAUCUAUCGAUGGUCUAGUGGAGAUGAUCCGUAUCACCCUCAACCUUGGUAUUCUCACUCCGGUAGUGUUGACCUAUCAGCUCCCGACAUGGAUGCUCGUUCCCGAUGGACCAACAACACCUCCAAUCACUUUAGUAAGCAACAAAGAUGUCAAAAUCAUGGCAAGUGUCUUCGAUUACAUGGCCUAUCCAGUUCUCUAUGUGACUAGUGGACCUGAGCUAGUCGCAAAAUACCAGUUCUUCUGUAGAACUCCCUUCUCUAUUGAUGAAAAGACAUACCUUGAAGAGGGCGUAACUGAAGAACAACAUCGUCAAGCUAUAAUUGACUUGGUUGGUGGCCACCCAAUCGUGUGUAGCAAGCAUAUCUUGGAGAUAAUGUUCAACGAACCACAAUUGCUGCUAGUCUUCCGUGUCUCUCUGGAGAAUGAGAUGGUUUAUGGUUUACAAAACGAUGUUGAUGACACAGACGAAGGUCUUGAAUAUAACAACUUAACGGGAAAUGACUUCAUGGCUUUAGAGGGAGCUGUUCCUGUUUCUCCGGAUCCUCUGAACAACUAUGAUCCUAAUCAAGAAGUAUUGUAUGGAGAACCGAUCACUGUUGAGGAGCUACAAAACAUACACCCAAAUUUUGAAGCAUCAACAAUGGUUAAUCAGGAUACCAAUUUGGGAGUAGAACCUCUUAACUUGUUUGAAGACCUACCAGAGGAGGAAGCAUACUGAGAUGGCAUGACUGAAGAAGGAAGAAGGUAUGAGGUUUACAUUGCACCGUCUCCGCACCCUGCCGAGAGAGCUAUAGGACUCCCACUUGCUCCAAAUCGAAGGGUCAUUGCACCAAAACAUCAUACAUUCAUUGUUAUCGACGACGAAUAUGAAGGCUCCUACACUGGCUCUUCUGAGGAUUUCAACGAGACACAGAACUACAUAACAAUCCCACCACCAGUUGCAGAAAAUUCGGAUUAUACGGUGGAUGCUAACUCCGGUAAUACUAUCUUAACAGGUACUAAUAUUAAAAAUUAUAAAUUAACCUAAUGUAUCGUCUUAGCUGUUGAUAAAGUUGUUAUUUUCUAUGCAGGUGAAACAUCGGCAGAAGUCAAAAUAAAUAACAAAGGAAAAAAUCUUGUUACAGAAAACGGUUUGACUCGAACUGGGAAUACAACCGAUGUUGAACCGUUUCUUGAUCUCACACUUGGAGUGGGAGUUGGAAACAGCAAGGCUGAACCAAAACCUGUCAUCGAUAUUCCAGAGUCCUCUUCCGAAGCUGAAGAUGGAAGUGGUGGUUUUGGUCCCCUCUUUUAGAAUAAAUAGCUAGACUGAUAAAUAAGUAGCCAACUUUUGAUGUGAAAUAUAUGGCCGCAGGGGUUUACUUUUUGUUUUUUGUUUAUCGCGUACGAUGCAUAAGAUAAUAUUAUUGCGGGCCCGUGUAAUGUAAAAUAUGUUAAAGGCCAAGAAGUAAUAUGAAAUAUGUUUGGUUUUAACAUAUAUACGGUGAAACUAAUCAACCUAUCGACUACUAACUUUGUAGGAAACCAAACAAACCAUUCUGAUGCAUUAUACGAAGGAAAGGUGUUUAAAAGUAGGGAUGAUUUCAAACAAUGCAUGGCUUUAUAUGCAUUGCGAAAUAAAUUUCGGUUUAAAAACAGUAGAUCCACCCCCGAUGGAAUGGUCCUUAAAUGCAUUAGUUCUACAUGCUUAUGGACAAUUUAUGCAAUCAGAAUGAAGAACGUGGAAAAGUACGAAAUUCGAAGGAUUGUCUUCGAACAUUCUUGUUCGGUUGACGACAAAGCAGGUAUUAAACAUAUUUAUCUACAAUAAAAUCAGAUUUUAUUUUUCGAUUCCGUUGCUCGUAAAGAACAGUAAAGCAAUACUUAUAUAAUUAAAAAUCGAUUUUGAAUUUAUAAUUUACGCGAUUAACGAAUCCUUUACAUAAAGUUAGUAAAGUUCGGUGACAUAAAAUUAGAAAACAUUAUAUCUGUGACAAUAACAAGGCAGCGAUGGGAUUUUUAAUCAUAUGUUUAGUUACGGCCAAGUAUGCAUUUUAAUUAAAAAUCUAUAAACAUAUCAUUAUCAUAUCCGGCAAUUCCCAGUAACGAUAUGAUUUAUGGCAACAAUAAAAUUAUAGGAAAUUUUUUUUUUUCACUUUUAAUAGACAUUCAUCUCCAAGUUCUAACUUCUUGUUGCAAUGGAAUACACAACAGUCGAACUUAGAAUUUGCUGAAACCAAUUUCUUAUAUUUAUUGCUUUAAAAUUCAGGAUACGAAGAACAAGCAACACCUGUCAUUGGACAAAUGCUUAAGUCAAGGUUUACAGGAAAUGGGUCUGGGCCACGGCCAAACGAGAUCAUGCAAGUCAUGCUAGGCGAUUACAAUAUUCGGAUUUCUUAUUGGAAAGCUUGGCGAUCAAGGGAAGUAGCGCUACAAUACGCAAAAGGGGCAAAUGCUACAUCAUAUCAAUUGCUUCCCGAUUACUUACAAAGACUCGUCGUGGCCAAUCCUGGAACGUUGGCUGAAAUGCAUACAGUUUAUGAAGCUGGAGUUGGUCAUCGAUUCAAAUAUAUGUUCCUUGCACUUGGAGCAUGUAUAAACGGUAUCAAGCAUAUGCGUAAUGUCAUCAUCAUAGAUGGAGCACAUUUAAGAGGGAAAUAUGCUGGAUGCUUAUUGUCUGCAUCAGCCCAAGAUGGCAAUUACCAAGUUUUUCCUAUCGCAGUAGGAAUAGUGGAUGGUGAAAAUGACAAAGCGUGGGAAUGGUUUUUUAAAAUGCUUCUGAAGUUCAUCCCUAACGACAAUGAUAUUGUUUUUGUUUCAGACAGACACUCGUCCAUCUACAAUGGGUUAUCAAAGGUAGUUAUCGAAAUAAGAAGUUAUCAUAAACUUAUUCUCCACUUUAAAUAUAAAACGUGUAUAUCUGACCAUUCCAUUUACGUGUAGAUUUAUCCGGCAGUAAAACAUUGUGCAUGUGUUAUGCACCUGAAACGGCUCCGAACAUAUUUCAAAAACAAGAACCUUGGUUACUUGGUGGGAAGGCAGCUCGAGCAUUCCAACUUAGUGAAUUUAACACCAUAUUCAAUGAAAUCAAGAACAUUAACGCUUCGUGUGCGGAAUACUUAAUUGGUAUUGGUUUCCAACAUUGGGCACGUGCGCAUUUCGAUGGAAAUCGGUACAACAUUAUGACAAGCAAUGUUGCCGAGACAUGGAACUCCGUUCUCCGGGAAGCACGAGAGUAUCCAAUAGUGGCUUUGGUAGAGUAUAUCAGAUCCAAACUUAUGAACUGGUUUGCGGAAAGACGUAAUGUCACAGGGGUUGGUAAUGGAAGGUUGACGGCACGGGUUAACGAGAUUUUAGAAGGAAAUUUUGAAAACAGCGGUGGGAUGCUUGUCAGACGGAUUAACAAUGUUGAGUUCGAAGUGAAAGACAAAGUUGGCUCCUCAUAUCACGUCAACCUUGGAGGAAAAAAUUGCAGCUGUUUUUCAUUCCAAAAGCUCCUCAUACCUUGCUCCCAUGCUAUUGCUUCAGCAAUCAAUGAAAAAGUUCGUAUAGAGUCCCUAGUAUCUGAAUUUUACAGUCUUGAAACUUUGACCUCCGCAUAUGCCGAAGAUAUUGUGCCGAUAACCACCGAAACAGAAAUAAGAGAAGGCAUAUCCGGAAAGGAAGGAGAAUCGGUCAUAAUAUUUCCUCCAUCAAGUAGGCGACCUCCAGGUAGACCUCGGAAGAGCAGAAUAUUGCCAACGGGUGAAAUACGGGUAAACAAAACAUGUUGAUUACAUUUACUAAAUUGUUGCACAACAUUUAACAACUAAUUUUUUCUAUGAAGAUGAAAACUCCAAGAAAAAGACAUAUAUGUAGCCGUUGCAAGGGGAGCGGUCACAAUAAAGCAACUUGUAAAGUUGCAAUAUAACUGAAGUGCUAGAAGGUAUUAUGGCUAUUCCCGGAUGAUGAAGGUGUUUGAUAAGCAUGGUGGUCUGUGAAUGACACAGAAAGUAAACAUGUGAAUGUAAAAUAUUUUAUCCAAGUUUAGACUGGGGCAGGUUGUAUUAAUUCCCGGGUUUUUGAAAUAAAUAAAUGCCAAAUUCUAUGUUUACAAUUCAUGUGUUUAUAAAAUGUUCAUCAAGACAUUAAAAAUUAUAACGAGUCGAGUGCUGAAUUAUAUAUAACAUGAAUGGUAACUAAGAGUAGAACCGAGAACAACAACUAGAAGUAAUCAGAUAAUAUAGGGGAGUAAAUAGUUACCCUAUAUCCGGUGAUCAAAACAAAAUACAUAAAUUGGUACCAAGUUAACUAAAAUAGGAGAACAAAAAGUUGGGAAUACUAGAUAAUCAAUCCCUAAUGUAUUAUGGCUUUUCUGAGUAAUAUACAUGUUUUGCAACCGUAUAAACUAUACUAAGAUAAACCAAAAAUCAAAUAAAAUGAUAAACUAAUUAAUUACGCAGUACCUAUUAUUCUCUUACAUUUUAAGAAAGACAACAAAUCAGUUUAUACACUUUUACAUUUCUAUAAUUUUGCUGAAACAAAACGCCAUUUUGACACAAUCUAUAACAAGUCCAUAACAAACCUACGUAAACGAAAAAUAAGUUAAAAUAAAAAAGCACAUUACGUUAAGGGUAACCGUUUUUAAAAUGACGAAACCAAACAAAAUUCCCAAGUUAAAUGAUAUUUAUUGAUUCAGGAAAGUAUAUAUAUUGUAUUUUCUGUCAAAGGUAAUCGACUAAACGUGUUAAAUCAACUCUACUCAUCGAACUAAUAUUUUAUAUUAAACAUGCAUAUGAAACAAGUGUUUCCCUUACAAACCAGAUAUUAUACAUUAAUAAGACAGCAAUAGAAAAACAUCUUCAACUGAAAGAACAACAUAUGAAGCCUCACAUAGACUUCACUUAUUCCAAUAACAUAACAUCACUUAGUUAAACACUUCAACUAGAACCAAACAACAUGCGUAAUUCUGCCGUUCUUUUACCACUUCAUUUGCCGCACUUCUUUCACUCCUCCGAUCCAGUGGGCGAGGAGACCAAAUCUAAUUACAUACAAACAAUAAAACAUUACUUAGUUGCGCAUAUAAAAAAAGACAUAUCCAAUA